ACGAUCCCCUCGCAUCUGCGCAUCCAUCACUGUCAACGCCCACUAUCGACCAACGACUUCCGAACGAACGAACGCGCUUGUGGAGAAAGGACGGGGCGGCUCGAGGCCAGAGGAGGUGGAGGAAGGUCUGGGACGUGCCGCGACGCGCAUAGAACUUCGGGGACUUUGGCCUGCCAAAAUCGCUUUACCGCAACCGCGUAGAAUGGGACAUCUGGUCCAUCGCUCUCUUUUGACACCAACUGGGAUGCGCAGGAGAGGAACGACGCGACCGAAGCUGAAUAGCGUACUUAGCCACACGGAAUAUCCAGCCACUAAAUGCACGGAUUUCUGGCCAAAAAUCUACUGUGCUCUGGCGCACCUCAUUCCCGAGGGCUUAAUCGUGUCACUCGGGGUAUCGCAAGCGUUCCUUCGUCCCGUCCACUGUCCGUCCUCCAAGGCCGCUCCUACGACCUGCUGGCUUCAUCGAGCGGAUCCAAUCUGAAAUUCGUCCCAUAUAUAAACUGUUGCACUAUCCAAUGACUGUGUAGUCUGUGCUCCCGGCCCUGCCAGAUUCGCUUGUCAUCGACAAUGAUAGAAGACUCCCGGUGUCGGGAGUAGGAUCAGCAGGGUACCCGGAAGACACCACUUCAGCUGCGUCACCGCUACUUCCACUUGUAUCUGCCUCGCCCCUAUUCCGCACCCCGACUAGCAGUUAUAGGCGGUGACGAACGAAUACGCAAGAACAACGGAUUUCGAAGAUUCGAAGGCGGUGGGCAUGGAUGGAAGAGGGGGAGGAGCACUUCCAGAUCGCGGAUGGGGCAGUAGUCUGCAGGUGAGCUAGUUUCACUACCUACCUCUUACCGUCCACCGCCUCUACAUCUCGUUCCACAUUCCUAUCGAAACGACUCGAAAGGGUGCGCCACAUGCACCCUAAAUUGGAGGCACGGCGUUGCCUCACCUUGCGCAUCGUGGUUUCCGCAGCAUCGCACAGGCCCCGACAAGAGACUCGGAACGACCGACUCGCGGAGACCGACGAUAGAACCCGGGGAGAUCGCACUCAGAGGCGCGAUGGUUGGGGAACUAGAUGAGUGAGAAGGCGGAGCGCCGGGAUACAGUCUGGAUGGGGUUAAAGCCCAUAGUUCGACGGCCACCUGCGCCAAACCGCCUUCUGUAUCAUUCCGACAUCGGCCCCAUCCGCGCACCUUUACUGGCUGAAACAGGGAAACGCGCGCCGCGGUCUUUCAAUGGCUACCGGGAUGUUGACGCGCGGUGACACCUCGUUUCUAUCGGCCGCACUAUUCUAUGCUUCGCUUGUCGCCGGUCUGUCAGUCGAGGCCGUGUCUUGGACACUCAAUUGUGGAUUUCGAGCAUCGCAGAUACGCUGAGCCGCCCAAGCGAUGGGCGGCUCCGGUGUCCCCACCGACUGGAUUAGUACGGCCGGCUCCUCAAUGUAUCCUGGUAUGGUAACAAUGACGGUGUCAGAGGGAGCCUCCAAAGACUGCUAGUUCGGGAACGCAAGUCCUGCGCAUAUCUAUGCACCGACGACAACGACAGCCGACAAUCUGCCCUCGGUCCUUGUCUACUUCCCUGGCGGUGGUUUCGAGAACAGGAGCACGCACGACUAUCCAUCCCCCCAAUGACACCUGGCAGUCGCGUAGUCGCUCUUUACCGAGCUGGCUCGGAAAGCGUCAGUCGUCACUGAAGCUAUGAGCACGAGCUCACACUCCGCCCAGAGGCUGUUUCGAAUAGGACUGCUUACGCUCCGUCUCCGCAGACACCAUAGCUGCCGCAGGCUAGAAGGCCCUGGCCGCACACUGGUCCACGCUCUCCCCCAUUUGCACCGUGCGCGUCAACACCAGCGCAUUCAACUUCCAGCUCGUCAAGAACUCUCAGACGCUCCACUCGUUUACACUCGCCUCAUCGAGCUUCAAUUUCGUGCCGACUGGAUGACGCUGCGAGGGAGCAACUCCCAGUAUCAUCGCGGUCAGUCUGCAGUUGUUUCAGGCUCGACCCUUGCUGCGGCAAAUCUGGGGCCGACUCUGCCUUCUGAAUCUCUGCUCAACGUCGCGCGGCGCUGGCCCUCGGACAGCAACGGCAUCGAACUAAUGUUUGACGUGCGCAACUCGCAAACGGUCGCGGUCGAGAUCGAGGCGUUGGGAGCUCCCCUCGAGUUCAACAACAUCUUCACCGGUCGGACUGCAGCGCAGACGAACAAGCUGUGCAGUCUGUUCGAUCCCUAUAUCGGUCGAGACACCGGAUACGUGCAAGUAGUCCCGCUCCUCGGGACCCUUCCGCCGCUUCUCGGCGUCCCUGCGGCAAGCAGCCCUCUCGAAGGUUGGCACUUCCUGCCCGAGGACGGCAGCAACCCACCGUACUAUCAGAGCCAGAAGUUUGAGGGAUUGCACGACUGGCAGUUCCACAUGCUACCAACGCACAGGACGACCAAUAGACGUACGGGCUCAGCGCUCAGCGCUCAGGUUUCACAUGGCACCCUCCGUGCGCGCCAUCGACACGACGCUGCAGGCGAACGCGCGCCCUGUCGCGAUGGGCAUCCUCGGCUACGUCCUUCGCACGGGUUCGUAGACCAAGCUAUUCCUGAACUACCCCUCCGCGGUUGCGGGCAUGAGCGUCUCGCCUGCGGGUGCACUCACCUGGACAUCGAACGCGGAUGCGAAGACCUCCGGGUGGGUCGGAUAUACGGUCACGCCGCACACGUGGGGCCGCUCCCGGCUGUCGGUGAUCUAUGCCGAUGGGACGGUGCAGACGCUGCGCUACUACGUUACGCACAGCACGACGAACGCGAUCUCGAACCUCGGCAGCUUCGUGCAGUGGUUCGAGAACACGACGGAUCCGUUCAAGCCGUCACCGUUGGUCAUCAGCUACGACCCACGAGCCACGUGCCUCAACCUGUGAGCUUGUCUGUUCUCUAUGCGCCAGCCACCUACACGAGCAUUGGCCUUCUGUUCCACACGCGCACCUUCAUCGCUUUCAGCUGUGCCGUCGCCACCCUCCUGAUCCCGUUCCUCAAGAUCUUUGUGUCCGGCCUGCUGACGACCGAGACCUUUUCCGGGGACAGCCCCGUCCAGGUCCAGGUCGCGACCGAUUUCUACAAGGACAGCCUCUUUCCAUUGACGCUCGACCAGUCACCUGAGGCCACCAGCCUCCCGAGGAUUAUUCUUGUGCUGUCACAGAUCAAGAGGUAUCAGCUGCCGCUGCCGAAGCGGAGGACCGCGGCGAGCACAAUUGGGCACCUGGAGGAGUGCGUGCCCGUGCUGCUCCCUGUGACGGAUGCGACUGCGACGGGCUUCACGCUGCAGCGUAACGCGGAGUUCCUGAAUGCGUCGCGUGUGGCCAAUUCAAACAAGCUUACUCCACAUACCGAUAUGGUGGGGCUGCCGGUUAUGUCCCCCGGCUGGUUUGGGAUGUUUGCUCAGACUAGGUGCGGUGGGUAUCUCGCCAUCUUCGGACGCACGGUCGAGGAUAUGACGGUUGUGUCGUGCCCCACAGCCAGUCUUGCGCGCUCAACGCAGAAUGUCUCGCUGUUGUACGUCCGCAACAGGAGCGAUCUUAUCCGUCGAUCCAAGCAGUGCACGAGACCGCAGGCCCAUGGACAGGUUCCCGCACGACAACAAUGUCUUCCUCCUGGCCGCAGUGCUCAGAUCCGCAUUCGACCUGAACCCUAGUCCCGCCUUCGACGUCUUCAUGCAGAUCCUAACGCUGCACAACAGUUCCGCCCCGCUCGCGGAGCUCCUCAACCGGGCGUGCUGCCUCGCAUCGUGGACGAUCUCUCCGCGACGUAUUGGGCGAUGUAUGCCCUGACCAAUCUCAUUGUGCCGAUGCCGCAGAACGCGACGCCCGCCGUGGGCGUCAGGACAGCGUCGCACGUGCGGCUCGUGCAGGCCCCGCUGCCGACGCCCGUGCUCGAGGCCCUAUGUCUCUUAUCCUAGUAAUAGUACAUAGGCUACACCCCCCCUGCAGCCUUCCCUCUUGUUUAGGCCGCCCAAGGCCACUAAAAAAUCUGGAAAAAUGCGCAAAUAGUUGCUAGGGUCCUGGGUAAGAUGGCGCAUACUGGCGUCCCCACUCCGGCCAAUGGUGCAUAUCCCAUAUCGAAAUCCGUGGAGGGUCUCAAAAUGAUCACUUCCCAUCAGAGCUUUUGAUGGGAGGGGGACGCAGAAUGUAGUCUACACAACAUUUGUGUUUUUAUUACAUGGGUCGUUAGCUGCAUACUUAAGGAUAUAGGAUCUCGAGUUAUACAUUUUUAUCUUCAGCGGUUCUUUCAAAA